AGGGGCUCAAAGCCAACCCUUGAAUUUCCACACUUCACAAGUUCCAAAUUCCUCCAAAUUAGAACCACCCCAAAACCAAAACAAACUUUAGAAAACCCUUCAGGGAGCUAGCUAUAACUCCAACAAUGGCUGCUAAAUUUUGCUUGAAGGCCCUCGCAGUCAUCGCUCUUACUUUCGCUCUUUGUGUUCAAGGCACCUUAGGAGUAACAUGCGAGGAGCUACAACAAUAUACAUGCGCAUUCGCGGUGUCAUCAUUGGGGAAACGGUGCGUUUUGGAGAAGCACGUGAAGAGGAGUGGCGAGGAAGCGUACACGUGCCGUACGUCAGAUAUUGAAGCAGACAAACUCAAGGACAUCAUCGAGACCGACCACUGUAUCAAAGCUUGUGGACUUGACCGUAAAACCCUUGGAAUCUCAUCAGACUCUCUCCUUGAGUCUCGCUUCACUAAUCAACUUUGCUCUCCUACAUGUCACGACGGUUGCCCCAACGUUGUUGACCUUUACUUCAAUCUCGCCGCUGGUGAAGGUGUAUUUCUUCCCAAGUUAUGUGAAGCACAAGCUGGAAAUGACGCUCGUCGAGGAAUGGCUGAGAUCAAAAGCUCAGGUUUUGUGGUGGCCCCAGGACCAGGCACACAACCUGCCAAGCUCGCAGCUGCACCAAUAAUUAGCCCAGCUCAGCAACCUUUCUAAUCUCCAUUAAUACAUACCAAUAUGUUAUAAGAAGAUAUCUAUUAGCAUUAUACUAAAAAAUACUAUACAUAUAUAUAUAUAUUUAUAUAUGUAAUGUAUGAUUACAAAAUUGCACCAAGCUAGGAUUUAUUCAAUAGCCGGACUUGAAUACGUUAUCCUUUUGGAUGUUGCAUGUAUUCAAAUCAUGUGCGGAGUGAGUCUAUCAAAUUUAUAAGGUGUUUUUUCAUAAUGGAAAAUUAUUACGAUUGCGUUGGAAGAAUGCUUAUGUGUAAUUGUAUUGAAGUGGAUUAAAUAUAAUCGUAUACUAUAAAUUUAUGGUUCUUUAA